GUAAACAGUGUUCAUAGAUAAGCUACUGUGUCGCCCUCCUCUCCUCUCCUCUCCUCUCCUCUCCCGGUUCCGCUGUACUUUGUCCCCCUUCCUCCGGGUUUAAAUGGCCGGUGUGGUCCUGAAGAUCUCCGCUGCUUGGCGUUCCGUCAAGUUGGGAAGGUGAGGAUUGGAUCUUCGUUAUCGAUGACUGUCAGAUAAUUCUGUUUUAAUGUUGAUUUUUGAUUGAAACAUCGAUAAAUUACCGAGAGGUCAGUCUAGGUUAACUAGUCCUGGGUUAUCCUAGUUAGCUGGAUGAAAUGAGUGCUAGUCAGUGUUGGAUGUGUGUGUAGAUGUUACUGAAAUGAAGGUGUCUCUCUUAAAAGCUUUUAGCUGACUGUAAACCUUUGAAAGCUGUUAUCACAUGGAUUUAGCUUCAACACAGCUAACAGUGUAGCACGAGUUAUUUUCCUAACUACAGACAGUAAAUAUCACAGAUAUGGAGGAGCUAAUGUUGUGUUCAGAAAGGCUAACAGAGUUUUAAUCUGUUUGUCUGUUUAUUCGACAUUUUCUGAUGAAAGUGAGUUUGUGAGGAGAGAAAGGCAGCAGCGAUGUUAGCUAACUCUGCUCUGAGUGAACUUUGCUCCACAUACUAAAGUCUGACAUUCACACAGAUCUAUACUCACACAGAUCUAUACUCAUAUAUCUGUUAUAUUCACUCAUACCUGACAACACUUAGGUUAUAGAAUCAGGGCAGUUUGAGGUUACCUUGUCUGGUGGAUAUGAGAUAAUUAUGAGAGUAUUUGUAAUUAAAUUAUUCAUCUAAAUAAGUCGAAGUGAAGCUGCGGACUUUUGUUUUGACAAUAACUAAUGGUAAUAAAAAGAUAGUAGGUACGGUAUGUCUUUAACGUCUUUAGUCCACUAAUAUUAGUGUUAAAGUCCUCAUGUGUUUGAGUCUCUCUGAACAUCUGUGUGUGAAAUACAAAACUCUUUUAUCUGAGGCUGCCUUGAACGCAUCACUCCGAGGCAGUACAAGACUAUCAAUGUAAAUGAUAGGUAGGUAGGUAGGAAGGUUGGUAGGUAGGUAGGUAGGUAGGAAGUAAGGUUGAUAGGUAGGUAGGUAGGUGAUUUUAAUUGAAGUAAGACGUUGCUAGUUAAUCAACAUUUAUACAGUCAGUAUGCAUCAGUGUAAAAAUGACAAUAUUUAAAGUUCAUCUAAGAUCCAGAGACCCGGUCUAUAAUGUUUCUCAAAGCCGGCCCAGUCAGGGUCCAGAACAAGAACUUCUCUGAAUGUUUGUCUUUCCUGUCUCCAGCCUGGUCAGAUCCUCCUCCAUUCCUGGUCUGAAGUUCCACACUGCAGCCUCUCCUCUCAUGGGUGAGUGUCUCUCACUCAUCAACCCCUACGUCUCUCCUCCGCUCCCGUCUCUACAGCUGGAAUGAAUUAUAUUAAACCGAAUCGCCGUCUCAAUAAGACCGAGAGAGAGCUGAAGUUUUCUCCUGCAGCUUUUACUCUCUGGUGUUUUCAGUGACCUGUUCCUACAAACUUGUAUUUGAUGACAUGUCUUUACUGUUCAUUGUCGAGUUAUUAAAAUAGUCCCUGUGACACAGGCCUGUGCUGAAACGUAGGAUUUGUGGUUAUUCAGGUAACUUCAGAGUUAAAAGAGAGAUCAUCUCUUUAACGCUCCUUUAACACGUCAGGGCUCAUGAUAUCACGCCACAAUAAAAAAGACAGUAUCCUUCCUGAAGGCUCUCCAAAACAGACGUGAAAGUUCAGGAUAGUUGUGUUUGUUUGUUUGUUUGUUUGUGUAAACUGUUAAACUGUUGACAGAUGAAGUACUUUGAAGGUGAUUAAAUGUUGUGUUCAGGUGCGACAGUGGAGCAGUUCGAGCAGGCCAAAGGCAGACUGUCGACGCUGAAGAACGACCCGGGGAAUGAGGUCAAACUGCAGAUCUACGCCCUCUUCAAACAGGUGAGAUGUUUCACCUGUUAGGACUGAGGUCCACCUCUGACAAAACAGAGAGCGCCCCCUUCAGAGCGUCUAUAAACUUUAGACCCUGGUGUUGAUUUAGAGCGAGUUCAGUCUGCAAAGAUCAUGGUCGUUUUUGAUUCCUCCUCCUAUCCUCGCAGUUCGUACUGAUUUACCCAGAAUAUUCAGUAUUCAGUAUUCAGUAGGCGAACAAAUGCGAAGUUUACAGUAUGUCAAAAAUACCCGGAUGACGUGCUGAUUCAGGAAAAUUUCACAGUAUGUAUCAGACCAGUCUGCUUCACGUACUGUUACCCACAAUGCAAAGUGCCUGGGCAGACGGCGGAAUAGCGGAGAGCAGCGAAUUGAGGACAGCUAAAAGAUUCGUCCUCCUGACAGCCUGUCUUCUUCUUCUUCUCCUCCUUCUUUCUUGUGAAAACCGCUGACAAGAAUGUUUGUUAUCAUACAGGACCGUUUUUAUCCUCCAUUUCCAUCAAAGCCUCAAAUUUUCCACCUUCUCCUCGUCCUUUAUAUUGUACGGCACGCCUGAUGUUGACCACA